AUGGGUCUCUUCGGAUUCAUAUACCCUGGCCCCCCUUUAGAACAUCCCGACCCUGCAACCCAGAACGACGACGGCAACGACAACGACGACGACGACGACAAUAACCCGGCUAAUAAUGUGAUCCGAUACUCUGCCACGCGCUGGGACGGCAUUCGGAUCGACGAAACCUUCCAUGAGGAGUGUUUGAGAGGAAUUAGCUCCAACACUCUCCGCAAGCUCCUCUACCAGACAGCGUAUACGUACAUCCCCUUGCCACGGGAGUUUGAACGUCGGCUUUCUUGGUUGAAGAACAAGUUUUCCCAGCCUUCAGAGGCUUUGUACCCUAUGCCAGAUGAAAUGAGGCACAUAGUCGUGACCCACGGCCUGCCCAGGCUCACAACAGUAUACGUGCUGUCGGGUAAUAGUGGUCCCAAUGGCUGGACGCCACUAUUUCUCACAAAACCCAUCUGGGCACAGUACAUCACAUUCGAGGGCCGCUUGUACAUCUCGGCUCUGACAAACGAGGCUCCUGUCACUGACGAUACCGGAGCCGGACCCAAGGGCAUGGUAAAGCUCCGGAAGCCGGAAGGACCUCUGGCCGCCAUCCACGUAGCUCUGGAUCAUCUCGGAAUUCGAAGAAUCGUUUUUACUGAUACCAGAAAAGUCGAUCUUUCCGACUAUCCGGUCGACACGAGCAUCGGCGGCUGGGUGAGCCUUCCACUCAGUGGACAGACUUACAUCCAUUGCGAGAGAGACGGUCAUAAACUCCGCCGUAUACUCUAUAACGGACUCGACCAGACUCUGUGGCGUUAUCUUUGGCCAGUGCCCCAGUCGCAGCCCAACAAUCUGAGGCUCUGGUCGCCCGACGAGCGCACAUUCCAGGCCCCAAUGAGGUAUCUGCACCUCAACAAGCCGAACACCCGCGGAUAUAGCAUCUGCUGGUUUUAUGAGCUCAUGACAAUCUGCCCCAAAUACGCUGGCGGCGACCCGCCCUACUAUGACGGCUGGGAUAUUGACCGCCCCAAGACCAUCUGGGCGUAUCUACCUAUCGAUCAGGGCGAGACGAUUGUUGAACUCUGGGAAGUAGAUGCAGCGACCAGCAAGGUGUUGGUUUUGACGACAAGCCACGGCCGGACUUUGACACUGGGAGUCCGACCAAAACCGGUUCAUGGCGGCCGUGCAUGGGUUCUCCAGGAUCGAAUCGAAGGAGAGCGCACUCUCCUGGCCGAAGAGUCAUGGUCCGGCCUUGGGAGGAUCGCGUUCCCGACCCCUCGUCCAACGCAGCAAGGAACCCCUCCGACCAUCCUCCCCCCCGUCAAAUACCCCGAGAGCAAGCAGGAGCUCUGGUAUUCAUCAGCCGAGCUGACCGGAGUAGUGUCCAUGAGAAUCUGCAAAAUGAAGGCCGUCAUCAUCGGUCUGCUGUUCUCGUAUGAGGACGGCCGCGAGCGAACCCUGGGUGAAGUCCGCUUUGAUCGCCUCGAGCCACAGAUUGAGACCAAAGGCACGCGAGGGGUUGUAUAUCAAGUGUCGGAGUCGGAAGAAACAAAGAGAAAGACUGUGGUUGAGCUUCGCACUUGGGACCCGGAGGAGGCCGAGUACAGUCUGGAAAACGAGGAGACUGGACGUCACUGUGUGCCGUGGCGCGGAACUUGGCACUGGUGGUUCUCGUACUUGGAGUGCAUGCUCUCGCACGAGGACGAGGUCGCUGCGUCAAUUGUUGAGGACAUGUAG